AUGCCUCGACUCGCGUCAGUUUUCGACUCUGAAUCUCUCGGUUCCGCUCGAAAGGAGUCAGUUUGUAAUGAAAGUCUAUUCAGUCGCGGCAGCACCGAAGGCCUUCGGCAGAACCAGCAUCGCAAGUCGCAAAGUCUGGACGUGACGGCCGCCCGAAGGGACCGACAUCACUCGCAGCAGGUCAAAGAGAGAUUUCGCUGCGUGGUCCCUUACCCCCCGAACUCCGAAUACGAGUUGGAGUUGAAAGUGGAUGACAUAGUGACGGUCUGCAAGAAGAGGGGCGACGGCUGGUACAAGGGCACGCUGCAGAGGACCGGCAGGACCGGGCUCUUUCCCGCCUCUUUCGUUCAGAGCUGCCCGCCCGAGUGA